AUUGCUCACUUAAAUCUUCCUCCUUGCCCAUCCUCAACAUCCAACAGAAACAAACUAUCUUACUAGGCAAAGAUAAUAGUAUAUGCGGUGGUUGCUCUUGUGAUAUGUUCAACUUUGGUAGUUAGCUUGUUUUUGUGUCAUCGGCGACGAAGUGUCACAAGGAAGGAGGCCUCUUCUUACCCAUCUUUUGAACACCAAAUUCUGAGAGUUUCUUAUGCAGAUCUUCUCAAAGCCACAAAUGGAUUCUCAGAGGCUAAUCUAGUAGGCGUUGAGAAUUAUGCUUUUGUUUAUAAAGGGAUCCUUGAUCAAGACCAGAUUGUUGUGGUAGUGGAAGUCCUCAAUCUUCAGCUCAGGGGAGCUUUAAAGAGUUUCAUGUCAGAAUGCAAUGCACUUCAAACCAUAAGGCAUCGAAAUCUUUUGAAGGUAUUAAGUGCAUGUUUUAGCAUAGACUUCCAUGGUAAUGAAUUCAGAGCUAUAGUAUAUGAAUUCAUGGCAAAUGGAACACAAGAUAGAUGGCUUCAUCAAAAUGGAGUUGGGGAGCAUGAGUACCUGAAAGUGAUUCAAAGGCUAGACAUUUCUAUUGAUAUUGCUUCUGCACUUGAGUAUCUUCAUUGUCGUUGUGAGUCAACAAUCAUUCAUGGUGAUCUAAAGCCAAGUAAUGUCCUCUUGGAUGAUACAAUGACUGCCCAUGUUGGAGAUUUUGGGUUAGCAAAAAUUAUUUCUGUAGCCUCAACAGAUGUACCGCAACAUCAAAGCAAUUCAAGUGCAAUAAGGGGAACAAUAGGCUACAUCGCUCCAGGACUACCAAUGCCCUCCAAUAAUGGUACCUCCGCAAUAUGUUGCUCCAACAGCCAAUCGAGAACCUGGUUUAUUUGAAGUAUCUUUAUGUUUAAUAUGUGUAAUAGUUGUUCAUCAGUUCAUGUGGGAAGUUUCCAACUGAGAUUGCAUGCUUAGGAUUUCUACUUUUGCCUUAUGGAACAACAGCCUUAUAGUUUUAAUUCCUCUCUAUCCUGAAAUUGCAUGUCGGUAUAGUUCUUGAUCUUGUUUUCCCUAUUAA